CUCUUAUAUAAUUGAUAGAGUAUCUAUUUUUCCCUCUUAAACCUCUAAAACCCUAACAAUGGCGAUGUUGCUGAGACUUAUUAAUCGCCGUGAACUUGCUUCUUCAGCCUAUAAAAAUUGUUUGAGCAAAAGCUUAUUUGGGGUAUCAGAUCAACUAUGUUACUUUUCUUCUAGAGGUAAGAAAAAGUCAAAUUCAGAUGGCAGUGAUUCAGGCGAAGAGAAUUUGUCCAAGAAAGACUUGGCUUUGAAACAUGCACUAGAUCAGAUCACGACAUCAUUUGGAAAGGGAUCCAUCAUGUGGCUUGGUCGCACUGUGUCCCCCAAACAAGUCCCUGUAGUGUCUACUGGAUCUUUUUCUUUGGAUAUUGCCCUUGGGAUAGGGGGACUUCCAAAGGGACGCGUAAUAGAGAUAUAUGGUCCAGAGGCUUCAGGGAAAACAACACUUGCUUUGCAUGUAAUUGCUGAGGCACAGAAACAAGGAGGUUAUUGUUGUUUUGUUGAUGCUGAGCAUGCUCUUAAUCCAACAUUGGCUGAGACCAUUGGAGUAAAUACUUCAAAUUUACUUCUGUCUCAACCAGAUUGUGGUGAGCAAGCUCUUAGUCUGGUAGAUACAAUAAUAAGGAGUGGUUCGGUUGAUGUUGUUGUUGUGGACAGUGUUGCUGCCCUUGUCCCGAAAGGUGAGCUUGAAGGUGAAAUGGGAGAUGCUCAUAUGGCGAUGCAAGCUAGACUGAUGAGUCAAGCACUCCGCAAGCUCAGUCAUUCUCUAUCGUUAUCACAGACCAUUUUAAUCUUCAUAAAUCAGGUCAGGUCAAAACUUUCAACUUUUGGGGGAUUUGGAGGACCAAGUGAAGUUACUUGUGGUGGUAAUGCCUUGAAGUUCUAUGCUUCUGUGCGUCUAAACAUAAAACGAAUUGGAUUCGUCAAGAAGGGGGAAGAGACCAUAGGAAGCCAAGUUCUUGUCAAGAUUGUGAAGAACAAGCAUGCUCCUCCCUUUAGAACUGCAGAAUUCGAGCUUGAGUUUGGUAAAGGAAUUUCUCGUGAAGCUGAACUUAUUGACUUGGGAGUCAAACAUAAGUUCAUUACAAAAGGUGGUGGUGGUUAUUACAAUAUCAACAAUCAGAACUUUCGUGGUAGAGAUGCUGUAAAACUUUUCCUAUCGGAGAACACUAGUGCGAGGGAGGAUCUUAUGAUGAAACUUCGAGAAAAGCUUAUUGACCAAGGGGACAACGAAAAGGGACCUGAUGUAGACCCUGUUGAGGAGGUUGUAUUGAAUGAUACCACUGAUGAAGAAACCCCAACUGCAGUCGAGGCAUGAAUCCUUUGAUAAAAAGCUUAUCUGACUUGCCUAAUGGAACUGCUGGAUUUCCUGUCCAUAUCAGUAUGUAACCAGCAUCCUCGGAUUAUCAUCAUUUGUAAGAAAACCUGCUCUUGCACCGUUGCACGUGUCCUACCCGUGGCUCUGUAAGUUGUCUCAACGUCAAUUUUGAUCGCGUGGUCUGUGGAAUUAUUGGAUUAGAUGAAGGUAAGGCCAAUGCUGUGACUUUGGUUCAAUUUUUUUCUGGUAACCUGCUAAAUUCUCUUGUAUAUAACAAUUGUAACUUCAGAGAGAAUGUGUAUCCAAUCAUUGAUUUCAGAGAAAGCUUCGUUUUUGUCUGAUU